AUGUCCAGAAAAUUAUCAAAAUUUCAUGAAUUAUCUGACAGAAGUAAACGAAGGCGGGCUGAUGAAGCUGGAUGCUCUCACUUUUCUUACAAUAUAUCUUCAUCAGAUAUUGAAAUAACUGCAGUCUCUCCAUUACUCGAUAGAAAUAUCCAAAUCCCUCCAAUUGUUUCAUACGACCAAAUAAAUGUAAAUUCAGAUCCUUCUUAUAAUGAUGAUUUUCCUAAUGAUGAUCAAUAUCAGUUUGGAAAUAUUAACAAUGAUUUUAUUAGUAGUAGCUAUAGUAGUUUUAGUAACAGUGAUAAAAGUAGUGAUGAAUCUAUUCAUGAACCAUAUUUUCAAACAAGCCAUGAAAAUGAAUCUCCCAUAGGCAUUAAACAUUUUCUUAAAAAUUGGGCUAUUAAACAUAAUGUAACAGAAGUGUGUCUUUCAGAUUUAUUGGUUGGCCUAAAAAUUAAUGUUGAUGGCUUAUCUAAGUUACCAUCUGAUGCUAGGACUCUGUUGAAAACAAAUAUAGUUUUUGAGAAAAGUGUUGUUGAACCCGGUAGCUAUAUUCAUUUUGGUCUGGAAAUGCAGUUAAUACGUUUAAUCUCUAAUAUUCCAUCAGUUAACAAUAUACAGGACCUAAAACUAUUACUUUAUAUUGAUGGCUUACCAUUAUUCAAAAGUUCAGCCGGUCAAGUGUACCCUAUAUUAAUUGCAAUAAUGAAUGUUCCUCAAUUAAAAAAUAUAGUGUUUCCUGUAGGCAUUUAUUAUGGUAUGCAAAAGCCUUAUAAUACAGGGUGA